CCUUUCCUCUCCCCCUCCGCUCCUGCAUUUUCCUUCGGCAGCCGCCGGAGGCUCGGGCACCAUGCUCAGGCUUCUCUGGUUGCUGCUGCUCCUGCUCCUGCUGCCUCCCCCGGGAUCCCCCGAGCCCCCCGGCCUGGCCACGUUGUCCCCCGGGGCGCCCCCCCAGGCCCCCGACUUGCUCUACGCCGACGGGCUGCGCGCCUACUCGGCUGGGGCCUGGGCACCGGCGGUGGCGCUGCUGCGGGAGGCGCUGCGGAGCUUUGCGGAGCUGAGCCGGACGCGGCAGGACUGCGGAGCGCGUUCGGCGCGAAGGCUGGGCCCCGAGGGGGCGGCGCGGUUCCGCGUGGGGAGCGCCCUGCGAGACUCCUUCCGCCGCCGGGAGCCCUACAACUACCUGCAGAGGGCCUACUACCAGCUGAAGAAGUUGGACCUGGCAGCAGCUGCAGCUCACACCUUCUUUGUAGCAAACCCCACACACUUGCAGAUGCGGGAGGACAUGGCUAAGUACAGACGUAUGUCUGGGGUUCGACCGCAAAGCUUCCGGGACCUGGAGACACCCCCACACUGGGCAGCCUAUGACUCGGGCCUAGAGCUACUGGGACGCCAGGAAGCAGGAUUGGCACUGCCCAGGCUCGAGGAGGCCCUGCAGGAGAGCCUGGCUCAGAUGGAGAGCUGCCGGGCUGGCUGUGAGGGGCCCGAGGAACACCAAAGGGACGAUGAAGAGGAGGAAGGAACUGGGAGCCAGGGGGGCCUCUAUGAGGCUAUUGCAGGGCACUGGAUUCAGGUUCUGCAGUGCCGGCAGCGCUGUGUGGGGGACACAGCCACACGGCCUGGUCGCAGCUUCCCUGUCCCCGACUUCCUUCCCAGCCUGCUGAGACGGCUGCAUGAGGCCCAUGCUCAGGUGGGGAAUCUGUCCCAGGCUAUGGAAAAUGUCCUGAGUGUCCUGCUCUUUUAUCCGGAGGAUGAGGCUGCCAAGGAAGCUCUGAACCAGUAUCAGGCCCAGCUGGGAGAGCCGAGACCCGGCCUUGGGCCAAGAGAGGACAUCCAGCGCUUUGUUCUUCGAUCCCUGGGAGAGAAGAGACAGCUCUACUAUGCCAUGGAGCACCUGGGGACCAGCUUCAAGGAUCCUGAUCCCUGGACUCCAGCAGCUUUGAUCCCUGAGACACUUAGAGAAAAGCUCAGAGAGGAUCAAGAGCAGCGGCCUUGGGACCAUGAGCCUCCACAGCCGAAACCCUUGACUGACUGGAAGGAUGUCCUCCUCCUGGAAGGAGUAACCCUGACCCAGGAUGCAAGACAGUUGAAUGGGUCAGAGCGAGCAGUGCUGGACGGUCUGCUCACCCCAGCUGAGUGUGGGGUGCUGCUGCAGCUGGCCAAGGAUGCAGCUGAGGCUGGAGCCAGGUCUGGCUAUCGGGGCCGCCGCUCCCCUCACACCGCCCAUGAACACUUCGAGGGGCUCACGGUGCUGAAGGCUGCACAGCUGGCCCGGGCUGGGACUGUGAGCACUCAGGGUGCUAAGCUGCUUCUGGAGGUGAGCGAGCGAGUGCGGACUUUAACUCAGGCCUACUUCUCCCCGGAACGGCCCCUGCAUCUCUCCUUCACUCACCUGGUAUGCCGUACUGCCAUCAAAGGGGAGCAAGAGCAGCGCAUGGACCUGAGUCACCCAGUGCAUGCUGACAACUGCGUCCUGGACCCUGACACCGGAGAGUGCUGGCGGGAGCCCCCAGCCUACACUUAUCGAGACUACAGUGGACUCCUCUACCUCAAUGAUGACUUCCAGGGUGGGGACCUAUUCUUCACAGAGCCCAACGCCCUCACUGUCAGGGCUCAGGUUCGUCCUCGCUGCGGACGCCUCGUGGCUUUCAGCUCUGGUGUGGAGAAUCCCCAUGGUGUGUGGGCCGUGACUCGGGGCCGGCGCUGCGCCCUGGCACUGUGGCACACAUGGGCACCUGAUCACAGGGAGCAGGAGUGGACAGAAGCCAAAGAGCUGCUGCAAGAGCCAGAGGAGGAGGAGGAAGGUGACAAGGAGGAAGAAGAAAUGCCCAGCAGAGACCCUUCCCCAGAACCCCCCAGCCGCAGACUUCAGCGGGCCCAGGACAAGGCUGGGAAGCCACCUCGGGUCCGAGAGGAGCUGUGAGGGGCUGAGCCAGCUCCUUGUGAUAUGGCCACUUGAUUUGUGAAGGGCUGCCUCAAUGCCAGGACCCACAAGAAGCCCCCAUGUGACAGGAGCAGAAUAGCGAGCUCUCUGUCCCUGUACCCUCAGCAUCUGGGGGAUCAUAAGGGCCAUCCAGCCCUGGACUCAGAAGACCCUGCACAGACCAGCCUAGAGCUCACCAGGUCUGAGGAGCCAGGCCUGGCCCCAGCUGAUGGACCUCCAGCCCUAGGACAGACAAAGGGCAUGGUGCUUCCCUGGGAAGAAAUGACAGGGGGCAGAGCCUGACUGCUUCAGAUGAGGAUGAGAGGGGAGAAAAACCCCACUGCUCUCUCCCAGCCUGUCAAUAAAGAACGUGAAGAUCCCUCA